AUGGGCCGUAUCCCCCAGCAGCAGCCCACGCUGCCCAUCGCCACCAUUCCUGAUAACAAAUGCCAGCCCGCUCCCACAGAAGCACGAUUAAAAUGUCAGCACAGGGAUGACGAAGGGGCCAAGAGGGUCCUUGGAGACAGACUGUUCAAGAAAUGCCACGUUAAAGAUGCUGCGAAUCUGAUGACUCUUCACCAGAUUGCCCAGAGUCCCAUAAGUACUGCUUCCCGCAGGCAGUUUGAAAAUAAGGUUCCCGAGAAACAGAAGCUAUUCCAGGAAGAUAAUGGAAUUCCAGUGCAUCUGAAGGGUGGGGUGUCUGAUGCCCUCCUGUAUAGGGCCACUAUGAUUCUUACAGUUGGUGGAACAGCAUAUGCCGUAUAUCAGCUGGUUAUGGCUUCAUUUCCCAAGAAGCAGGACUGACUUCAAUUUAUUAUUCCACAAUUGAUAAAUGGACCACUAAUCUGAAUUCUUUGGGGAUCAAUAUUUAUUGACUUGUACUUAAUUGCCGCCAGUAAAGCAGUCUUUACCAUGA